AUGAGGCGGGAAGAAGCGGUGGUGGUGGGCGCGGUGGCGGUGCCGGAGGCGGGCGGAGACCAGGAGCAGCCCCGGCCGCCUGCCGGGCUGGGGUGCGGGGCGCGCGGGGAGCUCGGCGGCGGCGGCCCCCAGGCGUCUUGCAAACAGUGGAAGAAAUUCUUAUAUUCUGAGCCACAUAAGAGAAUUAAGGAAGUACUAGAAGAAGAACUUUAUAUUAAAAGAGAUGAGUGCCGCAUUAAAAAUCCACCUGCAGUGGCCCUGGAAGGGAUUUGGAGCAUUAAAAGGAAUCUCCCCGUGGGAGGCUUGAAGCCGGGACUGCUGAGCGGAAACAGUUUGCUGCCACAAGCCAAGUACUAUUCGAGGCAUGGAGGGCUGAGAAGUAAGAUCCUGAUACUCUUGACUUCUACUGAAAGCCCCGAGUGCGCCGAUUAG